CAACCAUCGAGGCAAGUAUGUAGGUCAAGUAUUGUGCCUCUCUCAUCUCAUUCCAUCCAUCAUGCUCCAUACCCUCCGCAUAUCUGCCUCACGACGUCUAUCACAAAUCGCUGCUCAGACGCGAAACACUUCGAGCGCAAGCAUGAAGGAAGCAGUGGUAGCCAAAGGGCCCACGGUCACCAUUCAGGAUGGCCCUCUACCACAGCCAGGGCCUUAUCAAGUGGUCACGAAGGUGAUGUACUCGGGCACAAAUCCCAAAGAUUGGAAGCGACCAGAAUUUGUACCCGACGCGAGACCAGUGAACCAAGGCGACGACAUUUCUGGUAUUGUGCAUGAAGUGGGCGAGCGUGUCUCGGAGUUCAAACCAGGCGAUCGCGUCUUUGCUUUUCACGAGAUGAUGCAGCCGGGAGGCAGUUAUGCCGAGUAUGCGGUAUCGUGGUCUGCUACGACAGCGCACCUACCUGCACACGUCUCGUUCCAAGAGGGCGCUGCCAUUCCCCUGGCCGCUCUGACCGCAGCGGUGGGCCUCUUCGCCCGCCUCCAGCUCCCAGCACCAUUUACACCUCCUUCAGCUGCCAUCAAUAAGGCUUCCAACGCCUCUCGUCCUUCCACACCGCUCAUCAUAUACGGCGCUGCCUCGGCAGUCGGCUCUUACGCUGUGCAACUGGCUUGUCGCGCAAACAUCCACCCUCUGAUUUGCGUAGCAGGGAAGGGCACUCCACACGUCGAAGGCUUCAUCGAUCGAAGCAAAGGCGACACCAUCAUCGAUUACAGACAGGGCAACGAGGCUGUUGUCAAAGGUCUGAACGCCGCUGCCGCUCAGCAUGGUGGCAAGAUUGAGUAUGCAUUCGAUGCGGUAUCCGAAAAAGGCAGUGUGGAGAACAUUGGACAGGUACUCGACCAGGAGAUGGGUCGCGUCACUUUCGUCCUGCCUGGGAAGCAAUACGAUCUCCCAGGGAACAUCAAGCAGAGUCUGACCACGGUCGGGAGCGUCCACGGCGUGCCUGAUGAUCUGAAAGACUUUGGGCACGUAUAUUUCAGGUAUAUCGCGAAGGGACUCGAGGAGGGCUGGUUCAAGCCUCAGCCACAAGAGGUCAUUCCUGGUGGGCUGGAAGGUGUGCAGACUGCGUUGAGCAACUUGAAAGAAGGCAAAGCGAGUGCUACAAAAUACGUGCUGCGUAUCGCGGACACACCGGGCUUGGAGGCACAUGAGCAAUGAGUUUACAGACUGGCUUCGGCUGCCCCGUCGAGCGCUGCGAUCAACGGAGGAGUAAUAGCCUGGCGGCAUAGAGUCAAGCGUCGCAUAUCCUCUGAUGGAUCUACUUUGACAGCUUUCAGCCUGUUGUCCGGAGCACAAACUCCAGGCAUGACGGUGUUGCACACACGACACGCGCAGACUGCGACCACGUGCUCACGUUCACCAGUACACUCGCCAAUCUCGCGUCUACGUUCGGAACAAAGACUUGAUGCCUAUGAAUAGCUCCAGUGGCCAUCUCAUACCGCUAUGGCAUUGUCGUCGUCUCGAAGCCUUGACAAAGCAACCAACCUAUUCAUUGUCCAUGCAAAGAUGCCGCUUCUUAAUACAUUACAGUGGCAAGUUUGCUCUCCCAUCACUUUCCACGUAAUACUUCUUUUCUGCUGAACAUUUACCGCCUUCGUUCAUCAUGGUUGACAGAAUCAAUAACCGUCAUCUGAACAAGAACAUUUUGGAAACUUUCGGGCUGGACCCGACCAUUGGCCAAACAUUUUACGACAGCGAUUCCGAUUCUUCUGGCUUCGAAGAGGCAGAGCGGGUCGAUUUUGGUGGAGAUGCCGCAUCGCCGACGUGGAAUGCCGGCGUUGGUGCUUUCCGGAGGCAUCACACGGUGUUUGUGAACUAUCCUGCGCUCAAUUUGCUGACGAGUCCGACAGAAGAGUUUCUCAUGAACAAGCCUCAAAGUCCCAAAGAGCGCUAUGCACCACAUCCUUUAGUCCGUGACGACGAAGUGAUGCGACAUGCUGCUCGCGACAAGAUUACAGAUAAUGGUUUUUACUCCGUCUACAGAUGUGACCAAGAUGUUCCCAAUCCCUGCGUCCGCGAGUUCACCAACUCCGACAUCUUCAUCGAUGUGGAAGAAGCGAUCAAGUGCCAUGGCAAGACCGACCUCAGUGUAGUGAUGUUCAAAGACAACGCACGUCCCGAGCUUGGGCCUCAGAUCCGGAUACGCCGCUUGACGAGAUUCAUUUGGGGGAAAAUAGUCGAUUACAACGAGCAAGACUAUACUUUUGUCCUCAAAGACUUCCUGUCAAUGACAAAGAUUGGUUCGACCAAAAUCAACCCGACGUGGUUUCAGGACCUCGUUCAUCUCAUGGGUGUCGAAAGUGACCGAGCCGCUCGCUUCAUCGCAUUUCAGCUUGAACAUUAUACAACCACCGGAACCCCACGCAAGGACCUUCUUGACAAUUACACCAAAUUCCACAAGAGCUUCGGUGCAGAACCUCGCUGGUUCGAAGACUUUGAUGCACAUCUCUCCCUCAUCGUCCAGGAGCACAAGACCCCGGCGUACAAGCUGGCCCCGAAGUGCAUGUACUGCCGUCUCAAGUGCGAGCUCGACGUCUCUCUCCCUUGCUCCAAAGACCACGUCAUCCACGAGGCAUGCCUCAUGGGAAUUUGUCGUUCCACAGACAUCGUCAAAGUUGCCUGCCUCAUCUGCAACACCCGAAUCUUCACCAACCCAGACCGCAUCAACGAGCUAAAAUUCAACGUCCACCCCGACGGCCUAUUCUACCACGAUGACCGCUACACCGACUGGGAAAACUACGAAAAAUCCUGCUCCGACCUCGACAGCACAUCAGCUUCCACCAAUACCUUCCCCAUCACCGUUAACCGCACCUUCCUGUCCCACCUCUGGCGUCACGUGGUCCGAGAAAGCAUCGAACCCAACAUUCCCGAACACCUCCGCUUCGACGUCCCCGACGAAUACACCCUCCUCGAAUCCCUCGUCGAAGGCCAAUUCAUGCAUCUCGAAGGCGUCCGAACCACCAUUGCUUCCCUCGACCGUUGGAUCAAACGCCGUGUGUAUUUUCGUUUCCGAUCCGAUUUCUUGAAAUGGAACCUCGAACAAGCCCUGACUCCCGAUGAGAAGAGAAUGCUUGCACGUGGCAGUCAUGAAUUUAUGCAGAAAAUCGCCUUGCGAAGAGGGUGGUACGAUGCGUAUUUGAAGAAUUUGAAUCGCACGUUGCAGUUCUUGUCCAUGAGGUGUUGUGCCUGUUCAGCGUCAUCGUCGUCGUCAUCAUCGUCGGAACAGGGACAACAGGGUAUUCAUAGUGUGUAUGGUUACCAUUGGCAUGGUUAUCGAGACUUUUAUAAUCCCAGAAUGGUGGAGCGAGAACAGGAGAUUGCUACAACUGCGAGAAGGGAGAUUUAUGAGUGGCAGGGGAGUCAGGCGGGAAAGAGGAUGAUGGAGUUGUUUGAGAUUGAGGUGAAGAAGGGGGAGGGAGGGAAGAGUCAUCAUGGAAGCAAGGAUGGGAGGAAGGAGGGGAGGAGGGAGGGAAAGGUUAGGUGA